AUGUGGGUGUUGUGCUGUUGUCUGGCAACACUGAUGCUGACAUCCGGCACUCAACAAACUUCCUUUUCCGGUUUGCAUUCAUAAGGUGGUGGACGCUGUCAAAUUCCGAGAUAGCAAGAUGUUGAUGCCCAAAAAGGACCGUGUGGCUAUCUACGAAUAUCUCUUCAAAGAGGGUGUGAUGGUAGCGAAAAAGGAUUUUCAUGCUCCCAAGCACCCAGAGUUGGAAACUGUGCCCAAUCUACAUGUAAUUAAGGCGCUCCAGUCCCUCAAGUCCCGGGGCUAUGUGAAGGAGCAGUUUGCAUGGAGGCAUUACUAUUGGUAUUUGACGAAUGAAGGUAUUCAGUACCUACGUGACUUCCUUCAUUUGCCACCCGAAAUUGUGCCGGCUACCUUGAAGAAGCAAUCCCGACAAGACGCGCCCAGUCGAAGGCCCAGGAUGCCGGCGGAGAUGCAAAGCAAGAGCGUGCCCGACGACCGCAGCGAUUAUCGUCGUGCGCCUGGUCUCGACAAAAAGGGAGAAGUUGGAGCUGGAACGGACACAAACUUUGACUUUAGGGGUGGCUUUGGACGAGGCCGGGGGGCUCCACAGUAAACAAUAAAAAGCCUUCAUCUUGUAAA